UUUUACAUUUCCCAGCACAGCAGUAUGAGCCUCUCAUUUUCCCAAAACAUGUUCCUUGCACAACUUUCUAAGGGAAAAAAAUAGAGCAUGAGCAAGGAAGAGGUAGAGCUAAAGCCCAAAGAUGAGCAAGAACUAGAAAUCCUCAAGGCUGUGGCACAAGCAUGGCAUGGGCGCUCUGGCACUUCUAGGCCAGCCACUGAUGAGUUUGGUGCCUGCCCCCGGAAGUACAACAGCAAGCCGACUCGAUUCAAGCUCCAAGCAAUGAACAAGUUAUCCACCAAGGACACAUCCAGUUCUGCAAAAUGGGAUUUUGGACAGUCUCUCUGGGACUCCUAUGAGAUAGUGGCUGUGUCCAGAAGGUUAGAGGCUGGCCUGGUGCUGGAUCACCAAUUCUCCACGCCUGAUGAAUUGUUUCGAGUCGGAAAGAGGAGAAAGGAGAGUAAGAACAGCCUGAGAAAUUUAUUCAAUCGGAUGUCAUUAAGGAGAUAUAAUGAUGCUGAUAUUCCCCAUGAAUAUGACACAUAAUUUUGAUUCUUUGAUGUUUUUUUUUUGGUUAGGAUAGUCUCCCCCUGGUCAGUUCUAAUUUUAUAAACCUCUGGUUUAUCAAAACAUCUUCAUGUCUUCUGUACUUCCACCAUCUAGAUUAAUUAGUUUGCUCAACAUUAUGAGCAAAACAUUUGAUUUACAAAA